AUGUCGAAAUUCUCAAGUGAUUAUCAAUUAAAUGUGAAGGCCUCUGAGUUCACCCCAGUAGGCCUUAUAUCUCCAGAUAUUUCAGCUCUUAAUCCUCAUGCUUAUGCAUUUGAGCCAGAAAAUUUAAAGCCUGAUUCUUCUUCUCUUAAAGAAGAGAGUAAAUCUCUCGAGAGUGAAGAAAUUCCUAUCCAACCAAUAGAAGAAGCUAAGUCCUCUCAGCCAAAGCCAAAAGUUUACUCAAUUAGUUUUCUUUUAACUUUAAGGACACUCUGCACAGAAUUGCCUUCAAAUGUGAGUAUUCCUGACCCUUAUAAUUUAUCAUCAAAAAAACACCGAAAAAGAAGCAAAAAAUCUAAGAAAGGUGAAGGGCAAAAAAUUGAUGAUGAAAUAAAGCCUCAAGAAAGCGUUUUUACAUCCUGCCCAAUACUAGUCAAAACUGAAAAGCCAUUAUCGGAAAAAUUAAAAAAAGAAGUUAGUGACUUAGAAAAAUCAGCAAGAAGAAUCAGACUGAUUUUAAACAAGCUUUCUCCAGAAAAUUUAGAAAAACUUGGGAAUUCCCUUGUUGAAGAUUUCGAGUAUAACUAUGAAUUACUACAAGAACUUGUGAAAUUCAUAUUUGAGCGCGCAACAGCUCAAAGUUUUGCUGCAAUGUAUGCCAGCCUGUGUGGGUAUUUGACAAAAAAAUUCAAAGCUGAAGACCCAGACCUUUCUCGAGGUUUUAAAGUGAAAUUGGUUGAAAAAUGCAGAGAAUGCUUUUAUAAAGAAGAUGAGCCUCAACAAGGCGAUGCUUUAAUGGAUGCAGAAUAUAAAAGGCGCAGAAGACUAAUAGGAAAUAUAAAAUUUAUAGGCUUAUUAUUCAAGCAAAGAAUGAUCAAAACUGAUAUCAUGUUUGAAUGCUUUGACGUUCUUAUAAAGCCAGAAACCCUCUCAGAUGAGACAAUUGAAACUUGCUGCCAUCUGUUCAAAUCUAAGUUAACUAAUUGUUAUAAGGCCGUGUACGGAUCAACCACUAGCUCGACUGUCUGGCUCAGAUCCACCUAUCUAAGGAUUAGCUCUCUAGGCUAAAGCUGCCUCUUGUGGUACUAGUCGUGAUAACAAAAUUAAAUCCUACCUUUUAAAUUGGAACAAAAAAUCCUUCUCCCCCUCCGUAAGUGACCAAAAUAUUUUGUUCGCUCACAGAGGAUUUUUUUUUUUUACGAAUUAUAUAUAAAUUUUAUAUUAUGUUUUUGGAAAUUUUAAAAAAAUCCAUUAAAAAUGAUUUUAAUGCAAAAAUUAACUUAAUUUUUAAAAUUUAUGUUUUAGAAUGCAAGCUGUUCAAAAAUAAACAGAAUUAGCUAGAGAUUUCAUUAUAGUAUUAUCAUUUAUAUAUCAAAAUAUUCUUUUAAUAAAAAAAUUUGUAUAUUAAAAUCUUUUCACUUGCGAAGAUGUUUUUACUCAAAAAAUAGGGUUUUCCAAUUGUUUUAUUUAUUUACGGAGGUGAGUAGAGUUAGAAUUUUUAUUUUUUUUUUUAUGAAAUAUAAAAAAAAAAUAAUCUGCUCGGUGUGAAACUGUUUAAAUAACGUUCUAAUUGCAAUUUUUCAUUAAAUUAGUAUUCCCAUCAUUAAUUUUUUUUAAGAAAAUAUAAAUGGAGCACAAUGCUUUCAAUUUUAUUUAUGAAGAACCAAAUAAAACAUUUAAUCGAUCCAGUGUGAAAAUCGCUUAAUAACACUCUAAUUGCAUUUUGUUUUAUUAAAUUAGGUCAAAAUUAAUUUUAUAAAAUUAGUUUUUUUCAUCGAUAAAAUUCGUCUAUUGAAUUUUUUUUCCAAUUUAAAGCAGGAAAAGGCCUGUCUGACAAGGAAAGGAACUUUUAGAGAAGAAUAGAAUUUCCUGUUUCAAUAGGCUCGAAGGGCUACUUUAAAAAUGGCAAAGAUCCUACUUUCAGUUUCAUAUUUAUGGGUCCGACUUUUUCCAUAGGUGUGUGCCUCGGAGUCCUUCUACCAUAAGCAUCACCUUUUUUUCUUUUCUAUCUUCUUUUCAAGGAAUGCUCAAACUUAUUAGCAGCGCGACAAGUUGAAAAACUAAACGAAUAUUUUGAAAAAAUCGCUGAACUUACGAAUAAUGCGAGAUUAAGCAAAAGAAUUUGCUUUAUGAUUCAAGACAUUGUCGAGUCCAAAGCAAUUUUAAUGACUCCAAUUCAAAAAGUUAACGUUUCAACUGUGAAAAGUUCUGAAGACACUGUUGUAAGGAAAAUCGGGAAGGUUAAGUUUGCAGACGAAGAAGAAGAAAAAGAGCUUCAAAGUCCAACUGUCCCAAAGCCUUCAAUCCUUAAAAUGAUUGUUUCUGAAGAGACGAAAGCUGAGCUAAAGCUCAUAAUCAGAAACUUCAUCCAGGACCGUGACGUUGAAAAAGCGAUAGAAAAGCUAGCCCCAGUUUUCCACAGAAAUUCUGAAAAACAUCGGCAACUAGUUUAUCAAAUAAUAAAAUACGUCAUUUGUGAAUACUCUCACAUAGGUGAAUUUGACGCAAUUUGUGAGCUUUUCCAUAGAUUCAUGUCAAUUUCCCACAUUUCUGGAGAAAUCAUUGAAACUGGGAUCGUCAUCACAAUUGAAGCUUUAAGUGACAUUAAGCUUGACUCCCCAAACGCUGCUCAUGACUUGGAACAUAUUAUUCACCAAUUCCAAGUAAUUGGAGUCCUGAACGAUACACAAAGUUUGCUUAAGCAUAUCAUAGAGUAA